AUGUCCUCCAAGCGCAAGUGGGAUCAGGAAGGCCCAGAGGGCGGUGAAGGCGAAGGGCCAUCCGCCAAAGCUGUGAAAGUGGAGGAUGGCAAGACUGCGUCUGAGGCUGCCGCAGCUGCGGCUGCUAUCGCUGCCAAAAUCGCCGCCCAGUUCGCGAGCUCAGGCGGCGCGAGCUUGGGCCCCAAGGAUCCGCAUGAUGGCGACUUCACCAAGGACAUCGACAUCAACGACGUCAGGAACAGAUACCUUCUCACGAAAGGGUCCACUCAACAACAGGUUCACGAGGAGACCGGUGCUUCCGUGAGCACAAAGGGCGUUUGGUACCCCGACAGGUCCAAGGCCACCGAGAAGGAUCCUCCCCUCUACCUGCAUGUGUCGGCAACGAGUCCAGAGAUGCUUGAGGCAGCUGUCGGCAAAAUCAAUGACCUGAUGAACUUGGACAUGGGAUCAUUGGUGGAGGACAAGAGCAGCCGUGUCAGGGAGAGACGCAAAUGGCCAGAAGAGAAGAUUCCAAUUGGUAUUGACAGCAUCAGGAACUUCAAUGUUCGUGCCAAGGUGGUCGGACCAUCGGGUAUGUUCGUCAAAUACAUCCAGCAGGAGACGGGUACUCGCGUGCAGAUCAAGGGGCAAGGCUCCGGAUUCGUUGACCAGGACACAGGCCACGAACACGACGAGCCCAUGUUCAUCCACGUUACCGGCCCGGACGAACAGCAAAUACAGCGUGCGAAAGCACUCACCGAGGAUCUGCUGGAGGUCGUGCGUGGAGAACACGACAAAAUGAAGGCGCUCCUGCAGCAGCAACAAAUGGAGCUCCAUCAAGCACAAGUCCAGUACGCUGCUUACAGUGCUUACGGUGUAUGUAUGCUCCACUCAUGUUUGUCGCUUCUGCGUGCCAGUCUCACGUGGCAUACAAGUUGCCUCUAUGAUUUUGGUCUGUAUAUCCGUGUGGUGUACUCGCUCACACGCUUGUAUUUAGGGAUACCAACCGCCACCGCCGGGUAG